AUGGACCCCCAUGUGGUGGCUGAGCUUACCAAGCUGAAGGAUGACAAGCAACUGCCCAUCAACACCAAAUGGGCCAAGUUGAAGGAAACCAUGGUCCAAGCAGGUUUGGCAUGGCCAAGGACAGAGGUCCCCAGCCAAGUGUUGUGCCACCCAAAGAAUAGAGCAGGCAUCAUGCUCAAUGCAUGGGAUGUGCAUGCCAAGGGUGCCAAGAUGCUUGAAUUGGGUAUUGCCAUGAACAAGAUCCAAGAAAGUGUUGCCUUUGAGGUGUCGACCAAAGGCAGCACCAAGCAGCAACAGCUCCAGGCCAACAUUCAACUAGUGGAGUCCUCCCACAACCAACUGGCACCAGUAACUGGCCAAGAGAGAUUGCUCAGCUGCUCCAGCAGCCAUUUAGUCGCCUUCUGCAGAGCAGUUCUCCAUGGGUGCCAAACCCAGGAGCCAAGUCUCAAGGCCAAAACCAAUGGCCAGUUGAGUUUGGCUGCUUUGGCCAACAGCCAAGAUGGUUUGGUGACCAUGUGUGAGCAAGGGUGGACAUGGCUGGUGGUGUCCAGUCUGGUUGAAGAGGCCUUCCCAGACCUGCCAACUUUGGUCCAACAGGCCUUGAACACCACCCAGGCAGUCAGCCAAGGCCAAGGCGAAUGUGAGACCAUGCUCACCAUUGCCACCCACUACCAGCAUGGCCAAAACAGCAAUGGCUCAGGAGACAUGGCCCAAGCCAUUCAACUGGCAGCCAGCAGCCAGCCAGAGGGAAGCAACUACAUGCAGACCAUGGGCUACUAUGUCCAAAACUUCAGUGGCGGUGUUGGCUGGCCAUUGCUCCACCUGCUCCAGCACAUCAGCAGCUGGGCUUCAUUAGCUGCCAACAUCUGUUUGGGCAAGCAGUUCAGCACCACUUUGAAGCUGGGGGAAGAGUAUUUCUCCACAGUGGCCUACCUGGACUUCAAGGAGAAAAGCUCCAGCAUGCCCUGGGUGCGGGCUGCACUCUUGGCAGCCAAUUUGUCUGCACCAAGGUCAAUUGAUGGCAUUGCCAAAUGUUUGACCAAGGCAGACUGUGAAAAAUUGAAGUCCAAGCACCAAAAGGCUCUGGUCAUUCAAUGUGAAUCCAUGUUGGCCAUGAACUGGGCCACUUUGCAAGGCAAGCCAUGGAAAGACACACCCAAGGCUUACAACUUGAUGGGCAGGUGCAUGGUCAGGAUGGCAUUGCAUAUUGCCAAGAAGGAAACCAAAGGGAGAGACACCAAAAACUACGAGUCUUUAGCUGAAAUUUCCACUUUGUUUUCUGAAGAGCUGUUGGAAGUGGAAGCAGCACCUGGGGCCCCAUCUGUGGAGCCAGAUGCUGCAGACCCAGCCAAGCUGGCCAUGAAGACUUACAGAGUGGAGCCAGGUUGCCAUUACACUUACAAAGCCAAAGAUCCCAAAAUUGCUGACCCAAGAGUUUGGAAGCUCCAGCAUGUUGGCCCAGACAAAUCCAAUUUUGAGCACCAGCCAUUGAUUGGGCCAGCAGUUGGCUUGGAAGUGGAGAAUGAAGACCUGAAGAGAUUUAGAAAGUUUGACAGGGACCUCCCAGUGUUGGUUCCAACUGCAACACUGGAGAAGCUACACCCAAGCCAAAGUGAGCAGCUGCUGAAGGAAGCCAUGAAGGCAGAGGCCCAGCAAAUCCUGUGCCAACACUACCAGGAGAAAGUGAAGCUGGACGCAGAUUCUUUGCUGGUGGCCCAGAACUUCAAUGGCAUCCUGGCCAACAAGAGCUUUGGCAAGGGCAAGCUUGUGCUGUUUCCAGUUGGCCCUGUGGCUGUGGUGAAGGAGGUGAAGGCCUCCAUGCUCACCAUGACCAGCUCCUUGGGCCAAGAGUUGCAAAUUUUGGCACCCAAGUUGGACCUCAAGGAAGGCACAGGUUGCCUGGUUCCAUACUUCCAUGUGAGGCCAACCCCUGAGCAGUCUUUGGCCAACAUGGAGCCUUUUGUUGCCAAAUCCUCCAAUUGGCAAAUCCCUGGCUACAAGAAUUCCACCAAGAUUGACAUUGGGGACCAGCUGCUGUUUUACAAAGACAAAGACAAGGAAAAGGAUAAGAAGGAAGAGGAAGCCACAGUGUCACCACCAGCCAAGAGGGCAAAAGCAGGAAGGACUUAG